AUGGGGAACUCCUGUCAGCGCUACUCUUAUCAGCCUCUGGCCCAGGACUCAAUCCGACUCAUCACCAUCAAACCCGGGCCAUGGGACUCUAUCAUAGAAUGUGAAGUCGACAUCAGGAAGCUUGGAGAGGGCGGGAGUAGCUUCAGAGCUCUAUCAUACGUCUGGGGUGACAGCAAUGUCCGCUGUACGAUACACCUCAACGGCAACGAGUUUGGGGUGACAGUGAACCUCUUUGAGGGACUUCGACAGAUUCGGGAGUCCAUGUUCAAAGAUGGCACUCUCCGCCAAUUACCUAUAUGGGCAGAUGCCAUCUGCAUUAGCCAAGAAGACAACGAAGAGAAGGUGAAGCAGAUCCCCAAGAUGCAUGACAUCUACAACACCGCCGAGGAGGUUCUCUUGCGGCUUGGAGUCAUGCCUAUCCCACCCAACUUUGUAGAGCCGUGCAUCGGCGACGACCGUUUGCGACCACUGCUGGGUUUUAGCGAUGAAGAUCGUUCAAUGAGUGAAGAGCUUAGGGAGAAGGUCCUCCAGAAAUACGUCCGGUACGCCCACUUGACGGAACUCCAGCAUCUGUAUCUAGGCCCACGACUGUCCGUUAGGUAUCAGCUGAUGUUCGCUGCUAUCGCCUCGGCUCUUCGUCGGUGUAGUUAUUUCCAGAGGGUAUGGACUGUUCAAGAAGCCGUGCUUGCGAAGGAUGAUCCCAUCAUCCUGGUGAGUCGACACGUCCUGAGCUGGCAUGAGUUCGCGCGCAUCAACGAUGAGAGAGUCAAUCAGCGCUCUGAAGUUUCAAAGGGUCCCCACACCUCGUUUCCUGGUAUCUCAUCGCUCAGGGUCCAGCGCGCCCGGGGUGAAGCCAGAUUGGUCCAUCAUCGGUUGCUAGAUCUCAUUCAAGACUUCUCAGACCUCGCAUGUACUGAGGCUGUGGACAAGAUAUACGGCCUGCUCGCCAUGGUUCCCCUUCAUAGUUUUCCCGAGCGUCGUUUUCCCAAGAGCCUUCGGCCAAACUACAACAUACCUUGCGAGGAAGUCUACUGGAAAUACGCCGAGUAUAUCUUUAACACAACUGGCGACCUCCGCCUUCUAGAUAAGUGUACGUGGCCUCUUCCUGGGGUGCCUUCCUGGGUUCCAGCCAUCGGUACUACUGAACAGAAGAGCUCAGUAGUAAAGUCCAGCACUUUACCAAACUCGGACAAAUUCUCAAGGUCAUAUCCAAGUUUUUCGGCAGACCUCCGGGAGAUGUCCAUGACUGGACACAACUACGGUGUUUGCGUAGAUCGCAUGGAGCGCCCUUCGAAUGUGCUCAGGCCUGGAGACCUAGAUCUCGUGGGGACAUCUAUGGAUCUCCGGGACACGAUGUGCCAGCUUAGAGAGAGAAUCCUGGGGCCUCUAGCUCAGAGUAUGGACUUGAGCGAAAUGAAAGACUUUUGCUCUGGGCAUCAAGACUUUGCGGAGUGUGCACUGGAGGGCUGGAAGGAGCUGGCAGCCUUUGCGUGGGCCUCGUUGAGAACGAGCAAGGGGGAGGUAUUCACCUUCCGUGAUAGCCUGUGGCUCGACAACCUGCAGCCUCGCAAAGGAGAUCACAUCUUCAAGCCCGAUGGGAUGAAGAGCAUCGUUAUUCUUCGUCCAGCGUCUGAUGGCAGGUUUCGUCUGAACAACUACGUCUUGCCCUCUGUCUACCAGGGAAACUACUCAGCCAUCACCCACAAGGCGGAGGAGGAGCUUUUCCCUCUCCUCCGGAAGCUGGGAGUGGCCUUUUACGCGUACUCACCCAUUGCGGGGGGUGUUCUGGCCAAGUCGCCUGCCCAGAUCAAGGCUGGGGGUAUGAGGUUUAGCCCUGACCAGAUGUAUGGGCUGUAUCAUCAGAUGUACGUCAAGGAUGCGCUGUUGGACGCUUUGGAUGACUGGGAGGGGAUCCCCACGCGGGAGGGUGUCUCCAAGGCGGAGCUUGCGUAUCGGUGGAUCGUUCAUCACAGCGAGCUGAAGGGGAGUUAUGGGGACGGGGUCGUGGUGGGGGCCAGUAGGCCGUCUCAACUGGAGGAGACGCUUUCGUUCUGCGAUGGAGGACCUUUGACUGAUGCUGCUGUGGAGGGUAUUCAGGCGAUCUGGGAUAAGGUGAAGGAUUGUGCACCUACUGACAAUUGUCAGGCCGUCCGGGGUUAG